CAGGGGAUGAAAUGAUUAAGAGCAAUGAAAAAAAUUACAUUUUCAUUUUCUAUCCUUUAUUUCUCUACCUUCAUUUUCAAAAAUGAAGGGCAUAAGGAAAAGGAAAGGAACCUUGUCGGAAGAAUUAGGAAAGGUUUGGCAAACUUCAAAGUGUGGACCUUGGUAUUAUGGUCCAUCAGCAGCCAUGAAUGAACCAAUUGAACAAGAGACAGCUGAAUUCAGUAGCUUUCAGCAAACUGAAAUAAAGCAGGAGACCAUGUGUGAGAAGUUUGAAGUUACUAAAGAAGGUUUAGAGGACAAGGAGAAAAGAACCCUCUACUCUGAAGAAUGUUUAGAGAAGCAUACCAAAUUUUUAUUUGAGGAUGAAAUGAUAGAAGAGCCGUUGGGGGUGGGGAAUGAAGAGGUUACCAAAACUAUGGGGGAGUUUGGAUCUUUGAUUCGUUGUCAAUCAACUACCCUAGGAAGCGAGGAAGUUGCCAUGAAUGAACUUGUUGGUCUAGAUGGUGUAAGUUCUACAAUUGCAUAGACUCUGCUAAUGAAAAAACUUGAUGACA